GUUGGAAACCAUGAAGACCAAGACCCUCCCAAUUCUCAUUAGUUGGAAUUUGGAACUUAAAGGGGUGAAAAUGACAAUUUAUGAACAUUUAAGUGCAGUUAAUAACAUCGGAAACGCUCCGGCGUAUAUACCAAAAAGAUAUGUCCGCUGAGUCGAUUCAUAUAGCCACCGGAGACGUAUAAAUCCGGCGGCAGAGUUCAUCAUCUUCUUCAAUUCAUUGGCAAGGAAAAUGAUUUCCGUCAACCCAGUCGUAGCGCGCCCACAUUUCUUCACCGGAAAGCCAAUUUGUCCAGCGUCCCGCACCACCGGCGCGACAGCCGCAACCACGCGCCGCCGUUUCUCCCCAACUUCUGCCAAUAUCUCUGCUAAGCAAAUCGUCGAGCACGUGGUGCUCGUCAGAACCAAACCGGAAGUCGAGCAUUCUAAGAUAAACGACAUGGUCAACAACCUCUACAAGCUCUCUUCCCUUCCGCAGGUUCUCCAUCUCACCACCGGUCCGGUCCUCCGUACCCAAUCGCCGACGCUAUCGUUCACACAUCUCUUACAUUCUCGGUACGAAUCGACAUCGGAUCUCGAAGAAUACAGCACGCACCCUCUUCACUUGUCUGUAGUCAGGAAUUUUCUCUUCCCUGUUAUAGACGACAUCAUGGUGGCCGAUUGGAUCGCCGACGACUUUUCCGGUUCCGUUGAGGUCGGCCCUGGUUCCAUCAUCCGAGUUAAAUUGUUGAAGUUGAAAGAAGGGUUGUCUGAAAAUGAGAGAAAGGAAAUUGUAGGUGUAACUAAAGGACUCAAGCAAAAAUUCUCGCCGAUUGAUCAGUUAACUGUUGGAGAAAAUAUUGCUCAGGCGAGGACGAAGGGGUUUUGUAUCGCCUCAAUCGGAGUAUUUGGAGGAUUGGGUGCUAUCCAUGCGUUGGAUGCCCAAUCGGCGGCGCUAAAUGACCAGAAAGACGGCGUGAGAAGAUUUGUUGAGGACGUUGUGGUGGUGGAUUAUGCCCUUCCUGCAAAGAUGCUAAUUACAUAAUUAAUGCUUGAAUGUCUAGAGUACAUUUGAAGUUUUUUUAUUAUGAGGGUUUGACCAUAGCAAUGGUCCAUCAAUAUCUUUUUAAUUUUUUAUGCUAAAAAGUUUAUCUAUGUUGAAAUAUUAUUGAAUUAGUCAUCUUUUAACUAUUCCUGAUUAGAAAUUAU